UCCAUCUGAAUAAAGGGUCACGAAACAAUAGAGCAUACAUACUGCCUUACCAUAUUUGAAAACUUUUCCUAUAGUCGCAACUAUUAUCAUAGUUCACAAUAUAUCCAAUGGCCGAAAAAGUCUGUUUCAACACCCAAAUCUCUGGUAGAGUUCGUCUCGCCAUAGAAUCUGACGUGCCACACCUCCACAAACUCAUGUAUCAAAUGGCGAAAUAUCACAAUUAUACUAAGGUUUUUAAUGCCACUGAGGCUUCCAUCUCUACCAAUCUUUUCAAUUCCAAUAAUCCUUGCCCUCCUUUCUACUCAGUGACAACAUUCAUUCUUGAAGUCUCACCCGACACUUUUCCUCAAAAACCCACUAAAAAUUCCAUUUUUGACCCAAUUUUGAAAACCAUCAAUCUUGAUUCACCUAUAUUAGAUCCAGAAUUAGAACUGUUCAACACCGAUGAACAUAAUAACGUCUUUGUAGCUGGCUAUGUCCUUUUCUUCCCUAGCUAUUCGGGGUACUUUGAGAAACCCGGUUUCUUUAUAGAAAACAUGUAUGUUAGGGAGUGUUAUAGAAAGUAUGGAUUUGGGAAGAUGUUGUUUUCUGCUGUGGCAUCGCAGGCAGUUAAAAUGGGGUUCACUAAAGUUGACUGGCUAACAGUUGGGUGGAAUAAUAAUGCAAUUGAUUUUUAUCUUGGAAUGGGGGCUUAUAUCAUGGGAGAUGUCAAACGUUUUAGGCUUUCUGGUGAAGGGCUUGAUGCAUUUGCUACAAGUGAUCGAGGAUGCUAACAAGUUUUGCUAAGUGGAUGCCAAGAUUGAUGGUCGUUAUUAUGAUCAUAGACGAAUCAAAAUUUAGAGUCAAAAGAUUCAAUACUGAGUGUUAUCGAACAUUAAGUUUUAUUUGCAAUAUGCAUAUAUGAUUCGAGCCGAAACAAUAUGUACGGAUAAAUUCAUAACUCGCCCUAUAUAAAUUCGUCUCUAAAACCGAGUACCACAUUCAAGUUAAUUAUUAUAACAAGCAGUAUAUACUUUUCAGUA